AUGUCUCAAUCAAAUGAAUUAAGCGUAUUGAAUGAAACAAAUCCUGGAAGUUUUGAAAAUUCUGAAGGUUCUAGAGGUUUUGGAGGUCCCGGAAGUUCUGAAGGUUCUAGAGGACGUGCUCUAACAGCUGUAUGGGAUUUUUUUGAACGUGAGAAUACUAAUUCACGCGGACAUUUUUCAGCGAAAUGUACAUAUUGCUCAGCUAAGUGGGCAAGAGGCGAACCAUCAAAACUUGAGGCCCAUCUUGCAUUGGAGUGCCCUCAUGUAGAUGAAAAUAUUCGGCAAUUAUAUUUACUUCGUGUAGCCCAUCGUAAUAACAUUCCAAAUUUUUUUCCACAAGAAAGUGGUAGUUUAUCUGAUGGGCGAAUAAAUUCUAUAAAUAAUGCAUUAGUGAAAGCCUUUGUG